GAGUGGUGAAGAGCUUGUGAAAAUAAACAAGCAAUCAAGUGGGAUAAAACAAAUUCUCUUCAUCCAUAUUGAAAAGAAUGAUCAAGUUGUUUGGAAGAGAGCAUGAAUAAAACACAGAUAUCUGAUUAAAAGCAAUUUUGGAAAAAGGAAAAGUAGAUGGUCAGAUAAUACCAUCAUACUAUAACACUCCAAUGAAUUCUUCAGUGGAAAACAACAUGUAUAUAAACAAAGUGUGGGUUCAGUGUGAGAAUGAGAACUGUCUAAAGUGGAGAUUGUUGCCAAGCGAAGAUAUAGCCAAAGUUGAUCACAAUGAACCAUGGUACUGCUUUAUGAACACUGAUGCAAGGUAUAACACGUGCUCUAUUUCUGAAGAAGACUUUCCUGAAGAGUCUCAGUUUCAUCAAAAUGGAUUUAAGUUUGUCUAUUCACAGCUCCCUGUGGGGAGUCUGGUUUUGGUAAGGUUACAGAAUUGGCCAAGUUCCUGGUGGAGUUGGAAUUCGGAGCCUUCUUGUAAUCUUCUCCCUGUCAUUCCCCUCCCCCCCCACUGCAAAUAUGGAUCAAAAUUGUUUUGGGGAUGCAGAAGUUGGCCAGGGAUACUUUGCCCUGAUCCUUUUAAAGGGAGUUAUGCAACCUAUGACUUGGAUGGAAAUGUUGAACAGUAUCAUAUAGAAUUCUUGGGUGAUCCCCAUUCAAGAUCAUGGAUGAAUGCAGCAUUUGUUGGCCAUUAUAGCAUCACAUUGGAGCCAGGAAAAUGUAAGAUUAAAAAGAAUUGGUACAAAAGUGCACUACAAGAAGCAUACCUCCUUUGUGGAUAUUCUCAUGAGCAAAGAGUGGAAAUGUGCUACUUAUCAAAACAUGAUAAAUCCAAAGCAGGGGCCAAAGCUGCUGGGGUGUCCAAGAAAAGGACACAAGUUUCCAAAAAGAAGACUGAAGAGAGAAAGUCCAAAGUUAGAAAAAAAGGAAGGAAAGCUAUUUUAAAAUGUUCUUUUGAAAAUGUUUGUUCAGAUGAUGCCUUAUCAAAAGAAAACAUGGUUGUUUCUGAAACAGAAAAUUUACUAAAUGAGCUGGAGCAAAUGCUACAGCAAGCACUAGAACCCACAGCCACACCUAAUUUGUCUGAAGAGGGACAUGGAGAAGAAAUACAUUCAGAAGAAAAGUUACCUACUAAAUGCAGCCCUAAACAUCCUACAGGCAGUCCAUCUGAAAACCUCUAUGAAGAAGACUAUCUGGUAAUUGAUGGUAUAAAAUUAAAAGCUGGAGAAUGUAUUGACAAUAUAACUAAUAAGUUUAAAGAGAUAGAUGCUUUGAUGUCUGAAUUUUAGAGCACUGUAGCCCAUUUCAAAAGUUAAUUAUGAAAACAUUUACAUCUUUAUAUUUCCCCAAAGUCAAAACUUUAAAAUAUUUCAUGAAGUGGGUACAUACUAUGCCCAAGCUGAUAUUUGCAAUAACUUUUUACUUUAUAUUUGAAAAAUAACAUUUCUUUUUACAACAGAUCAAAUGGUAUUUAAGUUGAUGUUAAAAAGAUAGAAUUUAAGAAAUCUUUGCAUUUGUAUUUGUAGAUUUUUGUUUGGAUUUUAAAACGUUUUUAUGAAAUUUAUUGCUUUACACAAAUUUGACUCAUGAAAUGAGUCUAGCCUAUUAUAAUUCUGAGAUAAUUUAAAUUAAUAUACUUUGAGAAUGUUUAUUUCUGGUGAAAUUAAGCUACUAUAAA